AUGAUGAGGAAGACCUGGCUAUGCAUUAUCCUUGUGGCCUUUGUCAGCCAUCCCGUGUGGCUGCAGAAGCCUCCUAAGCGCAAGACACCUGCACAGCUCAAAGCAGCUGCGUGCUGUGAGGAGAUGAGGGAGCUCAAAGCCCAGGUUGCCAACCUCAGCAGCCUCCUAGGUGAACUGAGCAAGAAGCAGGAGAGCGACUGGGUCAGUGUGGUCAUGCAGGUGAUGGAGCUGGAGAGUGGCAGCAAGCGCAUGGAGUCACGCCUCGCAGUGGCCGAGAGCAAGUACUCUGAGAUGAACAACCAGAUCGACAUCAUGCAGUUACAGGCAGCACAGACCGUCACACAGACCUCGGCAGAUGCCAUCUAUGACUGCUAUUCCCUCUAUCAGAAGAACUACCGAAUCUCAGGAGUGUACAAGCUUCCUCCCGAUGAGUUCCUGGGUAGCCCUGAGCUGGAGGUAUUCUGUGACAUGGAAACUUCAGGAGGAGGCUGGACCAUCAUCCAGAGGCGCAAGAGUGGCCUUGUCUCCUUCUACCAAGACUGGAGACAGUAUAAGCAUGGCUUUGGCAGCAUCCGAGGGGACUUCUGGCUAGGGAAUGAGCACAUCCACCGGCUUACCAGACAGCCAACACGGCUCCGUGUAGAGCUGGAGGACUGGGAGGGCAACGCACGCUAUGCAGAGUACAGCCACUUUGCACUGGCCAACGAACUGAACAGCUACCGCCUCUUCCUGGGGAACUACAGUGGCAAUGUGGGCAAGGAUGCCCUCCUCUAUCAUAACAACACGGUCUUCAGCACCAAGGACAAGGACAAUGACAACUGCUUAGACAAGUGUGCGCAACUCCGCAAAGGUGGCUACUGGUACAACUGCUGUACAGACUCCAACCUCAAUGGGGUGUACUACCGCCAGGGGGAGCACAGGAAGCACAUGGAUGGCAUCAGCUGGUACGGCUGGCAUGGAGCCAACUACUCUCUCAAACGAGUGGAGAUGAAGAUCCGUCCGGAAGCCUUCCAGCCCUAAGAAGGCUGGGAGCCAUUGAAGGGAGAUGUGGAAGGCUGAGGGGGGCAGGGCAGGAAGGGAGGAGGCGGAGAAAGUAG